AUGGCCGAGAACGUACGGGUUGCUGUGAGGGUUCGACCAUUUAUAUCCUUUUUAUCGUAUAUAUUGUAAUGCAGGAUUGUUGUCAUAAUCCGUCUACCUAUGCUUCGGCAAAUAUUGGCCUCCGAUUCUAAAUAUAUGUGUCUGCUUUUGUGAUUUGUUGUUUGCAGUUCACCGAUCAAUCGAGAUGUCUUCGUACUGUAGGGCAUCUCUUAUUAAGUAAUUACCUAGAGGAUAGCAGGUGGUAGACCGUUUCCAAUAAAUCGUCAAUUGAGUUUUCUCUUUAGUGGAGAAUAUCAUUGUCAUACAUUUCCUAUUUCAGAUUUAUUUUAUCUCAGUAAACAGCUGACUUAAUAAAGUGCAUUAGAUAUUGGGCUCACCUAAGCCCGAAAAUUUGCAUUCAAAACAGUCAUCAAUUGUGUAAUUGCUUUUGAAUGCUACUUUAUGAAGAGUGACAGCUCACGAAGUCCAAACAACUCUAAAUGAAAAAGUUUGUAGACUUGAUAAACACGCAGAACUUUUAGUCAAACAUGCAUUUAUGAAUGGUUCUCAAUUUAAACAAUGUUCAUGUAGAUUACACUGUUGUUUAAUUCAUGUCUCAUGAAGCAGCUUGUAAGAGACGGGUCAUGAGGCAUUUUCAUGGUCGUGAAUGGCAAUGCAAAUAGCCACUCUAAUUACCUAGAGGAUUAAUUUAAGUUGUUCUGUCUCUAGAGUUGAGUUUUGUCUCAAGUUAUUCUUUCAUUUCAUUCUUUUUUUUUUUACUUUUUUUUUUUUAUUUUUGAUUUUUUUAUCUGUCUACUCGACUGGUUUGUUUUGUUUUGUUUUCGUUUCCUUUUUUUUUCGCUCUGCUCUUUGUCGCAGUUUUUUUAGUCUUUUUCAUUUGGCUUAGUUUGUUUAGUUUUGUACUGAAGGCUGCAUGAAGAAGAAGGAGUGGAGAGGGGGGAGGGGAGAGGUGACAAACCAAAGCUGCAGCAUGAACCCUUACUUCAGAAGGCUUGUGGAUAUUUUAUGUGACACAACAGCACUAUCCCCUUUCUAAUUGUAACAUGACUGAAUUACACAAGUGUUGCACACAUGAAGUCAGGUUAAACGUCCUUGACAGUUUGCACAAUUCUCGCGAGAAAGCUCGCGCAGCUGUAUUAAUUAUCAAGAUGCAGGGUAACAAUACCUACAUUGCAGAUCCUGGAGCUCCAGGGGAGGAACCAAGAAAGUUUGCCUUUGAUUUUAGUUACUGGUCACAUGAUGGGUUCAAAGAGCUUGAUGACGGGUAUCUUGCAUCUGCUGAACCUCAAUACGCAGAUCAGGUGUGGCAAUUGGCUCAUUUGUUACUGUGAUUUAUCACAGCUUGUCAGUUGGCUCAAUUAGUUUAGUCACAAUAGAAACCAGGCCAGUCUUUUUUUUUUUAAAUGAGACUUUAAAAAUUUUUAGCCAAAUCUUUUCAUGUUGGUUUUUUACUAUUACCAUAGACAAUAUAAUGCAUGCAAAUAUUUCUAUGUUUAUAAUCGCAAUCAUUUGUGAUUACAUUUUUUAUGAAUUUUUUUUAUUCCUCGCAUUUUGGUGUAUUCUUACAUGUAUCUUAUCCAAUUGUUAUCUAAAGAGGCUUUGUAUCAGCUAAAGAUAAGUAAUCUAUUAGUUCCCCCAACACUCUUGAGAUUCCUGUUGGCCUGCGCUGUAUUAAAAAGUGUGAUAUCCUUUCAUUUCGAAGAAGAAACACAUAUUGCCAGUUUAAAAGUGAUGGAAUAAUUGAACUAUGCUUGGCUUCUUUUUUUAUGCCAAUAGAACAAAGCAAAACUUCAUUUACCUAGUAAUUUUUAUUUUGUGACAGUUUUGAUUUUGUAAAUGUUAGUUGUUAUUUUACUUUGUUUUGUUAAUUGUGUGUUUUAAUUACCGUAUAGAAACGUGUCUUUGAUGACUUGGGACGAGGAGUCCUCGAAAAUGCAUGGAAUGGAUAUAACUGCUCGCUGUUUGCAUAUGGUCAGACUGGGUCAGGGAAAUCUUACUCCAUGGUUGGCUAUGGGCAGAAUAAGGGUAAAUAUAGGAAAAUGUUUGUGAAAUGGUGAUUAAUUUAGCUUUUUUGAUUUUUUUGUAGUGAGGUUAUAGUUGUACAUGAGUUAUAUGCGACAUAUGGCAUAAACUUUGUCAAAUUUUUGCUAUAUUGUACACAGGUAUUGUUCCAAUAUUUUGUGAGACAUUGUUCAGUGAAGUUGAACAAAAGAGGAGUGCAGGGUCAGAAACAGAAUACCAGGUAUUUUAAGCGACUUAUGAUUUACAACAAUUUUAUACAUGGUGACUGUAUCUGCAAUCAACUUCCUCUUGUCAAAUGGUUCUUGUCUGGUGAUCCUGACAUACAGUUACCACUGAAAUAUUAGUUGAAAAUCUGACUUAAAUGCUGUUUCCCAAUCUUGGAAAGUUUGGAGAAUCAUUUAAAUUAAAGAACCUCAAAUUUCUGGAAACUGACAAGUAAGGCCUUGACAGUACCUUGAGGGUUUUUGAGUGUCAAGGACUGAGAAUCAAUAAUUAAGUUUUGAAAAAUUGUUUACUGUCGUGGUCUUUUUGCUUGUCAUAUCUUGGGGUUUUGUACAUGGCUAACAUUGCCAUUUUUGCAUAUACUGCACAAAUUAGUUGCUCAAUAAAGCUUUAAUCAGUUAAGAGUGAGUAAGUCACACUGUAUGUGUUAGAUUCAUGUGUCAGGAAGAUUCACUGGAGCCAUGCCAUCAGGGGGAGGGUGUCGUGUGUCAGGAGGGUUCACUGGUGCCAUGCCAUAAUAGGAGGAGGGGGGGGGGUGAGGUCUUUGAUAUUCUUUGGCUAACAACUUUAAUUUGUUUGCUCUGCAAUACCAGGUUAUUGACAUUUACAAUUUAGAUUAAGUUUGAAAAUUUCAAUUCAUUUUCCAUUCCAGGUUACAUUUAGCAUGCUUGAAAUCUACAAUGAAGCGGUAAGUUACAUCUACAUCUUUUUUACAUCCAUUUUAAAAUUGCUGGUAAUCCUAGCAAUCUGAUUGGUUUCCGUAGGUGUAACUUGUUCAGGAAUUGCCCAACUUUUUGCUCUAAGCGAUGCCUUGCCUAAAAAAUGUACCAGCAGGGAGAGAAAAUAAAGAACAUUACAGAUAAAUCUUAAAGGAACUUCACCUCAUAUUAAAUUACAAAGGGAAAUCAAUGCAGAAAGACAUUUCUAUCAUAGUUUAACUACUAAUUAAAACUACUUUGAAGAAAUUUAUUGACAGGUGCAUGUGUCACGCACAUGCAGCAGACGCAUUGACAAUAUUUUAAGUGUGAAGUAGACCUACUUUCAGCUACCAAAUCGAAGUAACUGUGCUCUAAUGGCCGUUCAUGAGGUUUUAAUACAUCUUCGUCGUUUUAUUUCGUCACAUGCAGGUCCGUGAUCUACUGAACCCAGCGGGUAACAAGAAAGGAGGACUAAAAGUGCGUCAGCACCCUUCCAAAGGCUUCUACGGUAUUAAAAAAAAAACCAGCCUCCUUAUCUAAUUACAAUGGUCUCAGCAAUUUUAAUUAGACAAAGGCCUAACGUUAGUAUGGUUAUGUAAUCUUGAAUCUUCACUUAACUUGCCCUGGGUGCAAAAAAUCUGGGGACAUAUUGAAUUGCGUACGAUGAUGCAUGUGUUAGCAUGUUCGGUGAGUAUUUUGCCCAUAUCCGCACAUACUCCUAGCAAGAACAUUUGACCUCAUUUUGCCAACACUUUCACUACAGUACAGUAUUAGUUUUUGUGCACCUUAAGCUCUUAACUUUUUGACUCAUUCAGGUCACCUCUGCAAUGUCAAUGUCUGUGACAAUUCUGUAACAUUCUCCCUUUUUGUUUCACUCAGUGGAGAGUUUAGUGAGUGUUCCAGUCAAGGAUUACCCUGAUAUUGAAAGUCGAAUUGAGGAGGGAACAAGGAACAGGACGGUGGCCGCUACUAAUAUGAAUGCGACAAGCAGGUAAGUGAGAAUUUGUGCUGAAUACGAAAAAACGGUGUAAAUUGGCAGCGCAAAUAGAAAAACGGUGGAUUCUGAGAUUUUAACUCAUCUUAAGUUAUAAAUCUGACGUUUCGAGCGUUAGCCUUUCGUCAGAGCGAAUGGAAAAAAGCUAACGCUCUGACGAAGGGCUAACGCUUGAAACGUCAGGUUUGAAACUCUUUACGGUGGCCAAUUUACGUUACCAACUCAGGUGAUAAUACUAAAUUACCCUGUUAUACUCUCCCACUGACACGGCAUAACAGUUUCUUUAGAAAGUUACCCUCUAUAUUCGCUAAGUUAUAAAUAUCUAUCAUUAUUCUUUAGAAAAUUGAUAGCUUCCUUCUAUUUCUAUUAACUCGAUAACCUAUUGGAAGAGUAGUUGAUGAGAAGAAUUGAGAGGUACAAUGUAGUCUUGCCAAUGUCACUCAAUGCACCCAGACCUUUCUCACUUGAAGUGUAUUCAUUUAUUCUUGAAUAAACCAUAGAGCCGGAUAAUUUAAGGAUAGUUAAUGCGUUUUUUCCAUUAUCUCUUCAAUAAAUACGUUUUUUUAAUGUAAUUUUAUCUGGUAGCCGUGCCCACACAAUCGUCGCCAUAAGCUUUAGUCAAAAGGGGGCAAACGCAGCCGGACAAAUGAUGACUAAAACGUCCAUUGUGAACCUGGUGGACCUCGCUGGAAGGUUAGCUUUAUGAUUCCCUUCAGAGUAAUUUUCAGUUGGGUGUCGAAAGUAAUCUGGGAUUGCUUUGUCUUUGCUCAUUUUCGCUCUCUGAUUGGUUAAAAAAUUAGCGCAACUCUCUCUCAACCAAUCAGAUGCAAAAUUAAAACCAAUCACGACUUGGUUGCCCGCGUUUUCCCGCGCUUUAUAUGGUUUGGUUGGUUUUACUUUGAGUUCUCAUUGGCUGUUUAGGGUACUUUCCUUUCGUCUAAUUGGUCGUUGUGAUUACUUUGGUUUGGGAUUUAAGACACUCAAUCGAAAAGCGCUUUAUACGUCAACUAGAAUUGAAGUGUUUUAGUAGCUUUGUUGCGAGGUACAGACUUAGAAUUAUGACGUUGACGUCGAUUUUUAGCUUACGAAGUUGGGCAAGUAGAAGGCUACGGGAGAUUUCACAAUGUGUCUGGGUUAUACUGCGACCUUACAGAACUAGAGGAGGGUAAUAACGAGGCAAUUUGCAUAGCAGCGCCUCACUGGUUAUGAUUAGUGAUUGUCAGUAAAGUUUGGAAGACCAGUUUACCGUUGCCUCUCCCUUCUGCAACAAUCAUACAGAAAUUUUGAUCCGACGAAGGGCUAACGUUUGAAACGGCAGCUUGGCAACUCUUUAGGGUGUCCAAUUUACGUUAUCAGCUCAGUUGAUAAUACUAAAUUACCCUGUUAUACUCUCGCCACCACUUACCCCCUUUAUUCAUUCGUACCAGUGUGGCAUCUUUUCAUUUUUAGCGAGAGAGCAGAUUCCACCGGAGCUACUGGGGACAGGUUAAAAGAGGGAUCUGCCAUUAACAAAUCCCUUUCCACAUUGGGCAACUGUAUUAAAGGUACGCGUCUACACAUUUGUAUAAUCUUGUAUCUCUUUUCUUGACACCUGUAUCGUGCACGAUUUUAGCUUGAUCUUCUCUAUACUUCACUCGGCAAUUUCUCGAUCCUUCUACAGAUGGCAAGUGCGUUUUUUUUUUAAAUUUAUUUACCGUAAUGUCUUUUGUAUCAGUAUCUAAAACGUACUGUACGUUGAUCUUUAGCGCUGGCGGAUCAAGCAUCUGGGAAAAAAGGCGCGCAAGGUGAGUCGCUCAAAUGACCAACGAAAGACGUAAAACCAGAGGAUAAUAUACAGUUGAACAAACACCUCAAUUUAAAUAAAUCACUUAUGGUUGUUUUUUCUAUUGUGACAGUUCAUUUUCGCACUUUGUUUGAUGACAUGUAUUCAACUUUUUGCGCUAACCCUUAAUCAGUGAAGUAAACUAAGAUUGUGAUGUUGUCUUUGUCUGUGCCUUUCUUUGCUUUUCAAAAAGCCAGCCCCAAUCUAAGCCAAACUGACAUUUAUUCUUAAACCCUCUGACCCUUACGAGUGACUUGCAUUUAAUGUCUUUGUUUUACAUUAUCACCCUUGAAUUACACUUUAAGGUCACAAGAAUCAAGGAAAUGAUCAUAAACUAAGAAUAUCUUGAUUGCUCAACAGAUUCUCGUAGUCAGCACCUUAGAAAAUGUAUAUGAGAACAGUAUGGAGAAUAUGCAUACUAAUAUUAGAGUGUAAAGGGUUGACCAACCGAUGACUGACUUUUCCUACUUUUUUAGUUCCAUUCCGUGAUUCUGUGCUUACUAAGCUGCUUAAAAAUGCCUUGGGAGGCAACAGCAAGACAAUCAUGGUAUGUUGAAAAUACCCAUAUCUACAAGACAAGAUACAAAAAAAUUUUAUCACAUAAACUGCGGUAUCAUACAGAGAUUUCCGGCUCUGAGAAAAGUCGUAACAACACACGUAAAAAAAUAUCGUAUUUUCUCACGUGUGUUGAUAUAACCAAUCAGCUGCUGACACGUCACUCGCCUCUCGCGUCACUCGGUCAGGCUGAUGAAUGAACGGCAAAGCCUUCACGAUUCUCAGUACAAGUUUUUUGUCGGAAGUUUCUUGAAUUAUGGCGGCUAAAGUACUAAAAAGUCCGUAUCGCUGACAGACGGUGAGGUUCAAACUUUCCUAGAAGGGGAAGAAAACCAAUAUUCUAAAAGGAAAACCGAAAGUUACUUAUUCAGUGGCUUUGGUGUUAGAAUUUCUCUCGGCUGAGAAUGAAAAUCGACAACUGGUGGAUUUGCCACUGGCCGAUUUUGGCCGUUUACCUGAAAGACUUCUUCUAUCGGUAAGGAUAAUGAAUGAGAGUUUUGUAAACAGAAAAUUACGACAAUUGUUGUUUUUAUAAUCAUGAUCCAAUGCAUUUUUCUAUCUUAAGAGCCAAUGCACUCUACGGUUGUUAUUCGGAGAUUGUCGAUUCAUUUGUUUUCAUUCAUUAAUGAAGUCGGCUUUUCUUCUCUGUAAGAGCUGUUGUGUUUAUAUGAUAAACAAAAUAAUACAUGGUUGCUUUUAGAUAUGGAAUUUCUCUUCUCGUGUUCAACUCCACAUCUCACUCCUGAGCUAUCGAGUUAAAUACUCGGAGAGAAAUUCCAUAUCUACGCGCGCCAAUGUAUCAUCCUCUAUAUAAUAAGUGCAAAUGCCUCUUGAUAUAUUUUGUUUUGUUUCGUCUUUGUAGUCGCUUUCUUCGCUUUCGUCGUUCUUGAAAGACUUAUUUCUUUCAACAUUUUAACUUUAAUGUCAAUUGUUCAAAGUUAGCAUUGUUUUUGCCGUCGUCAUUAUAACCAAAAAGAGGAAAAAAAUGAUCAGAAUCAAGAUGCGGAGAGCGGAGAGGAGAGAAUGAGGGGACAGAGAGGGGAAUUUGGGAUGUUGCCUGGGGUAUAUGUCGCCUCCAAGGAAGUUAUUUCUGGGUGUCUAAGGGAGUGAAGUCUGUUUCCUCAGACAUCCACUCUACGAAUUUUAACUUUUUAUCUUUCGAGUCAGUUUUCAUGGGAAAUCUUUAGGUGGUCCGACGUUAUGAGUGUUCUUUCACUCAAGUGCAGGAAUCGAUAGUAGCCUUAAUGCGGACAACUCAGAAAGCUGACAUCCGUUUGAUAAACUGAUAUAUCCCUUGGCCUGGAAUUGGAGCCUCUUACUCUGUCCCUCGUUUUCUCUUGACAGAAUCCAGGAUCAGGAUGACAAAGAUAAUAAUAAUAAGUAUGAAGAAAAGGAUAAUAUUAUUUCCAGAUAUUUAUUAUUUUUAUGUGUACAGAUUGCAGCUUUGAGUCCGGCCGAUAUAAACUAUGAAGAAACGUUGUCUACUCUACGAUUUGGUGAGCUGUUGUUCUUUGUGUCUUCUUAUCGUUUUCCUUCCUUUUCCUAUUAAACGCAUUGAAAUCGGAACGAUAUUUUGGUGAAGUAAAUUGGCCAUCGUAAACAGUUUCUAAAGAAGACAUUUCGACCGUUAGCUCGUUAGUUAUUCGCUCUGACGAAGGGCUAACGCUCGAAACGUCAGCUCGAGAAACUCUUUGCGGAGGCUAAUAUAUAUCAACGACUCAAUUGCUGAAACGAGAUUACCUUGUAAUACUCUCUACCGACCCAGCACCACAAUGUGUUUAGAAAUUUAUUCCCCUUAAUUAUUUCGUCUCCUUCACUUGGUCAAGUUUUUUUUAAGAGAUCUAAGAAUAUAUUUGUGCCAUCUCGUGCUCUAAGAGUGAAAAAACCUUUGAGUUUGGAUCAACUCGUGUCUUGGACACGUUAGGAUCACUUAAUUUUUUGCCGCAUUAUUGAUCAACAAUCCUAAGCCCUUCAAAUGUUUCGCUGGAAAAAUCUAGGCCUUUCAAAGCUAUUCAGCCUUUUUUUUUCCUUGGUGCUUCUUAUCUUUCUGUGCAUGAUACCCAAAUUUUGCAAUAUUGUUUUACUUGAAUUUUCCCUUCCACAAGUUUAACACUAUUAGAAGUUUGUAAUUUUGUGGAAGCUAACGAAUUAUAGACGCUUUUGUCGCCGUAGAAGUCAAACUGAUAACUUAACAUUUUCUCUUUUAGCCGACCGUGCCAAGGCCAUUAAAACUAAAGCUGUUAUUAAUGAAAGUCCAACUGAAAAACUGAUUCGUGAAUUGCGUGAAGAAAACCAGAGACUACUGGAACAGCUAAAGCAAGGUGGCGGGGCAAUGGUAAUCCAAGGAGAACCUGGCCAACCACAGACGGUUGGAGUUUCUGAAGAAGGUUUCAUAACUUGUUUUUCUGUGAAUUUGAAGCCUUUUAUGUACACUCGAUUGCAACAACGUUGUUACCUAAAAAAAGCUAGCCAUGAACGACGAGACCCACCGCCUUUAUUGGUACACAAGUACAGGAUAAGCACAAUUAGUUGCACGUGGUAAAUGAGAAAAGCUUUUCACGCUUUCAUGAAAGAAGAGAAUUGUCAUAACAAAGACUUGCCAUGAAUGAUGGAAAAAAUAAAGCUGAUUAUGUUACUGCGCGAACAUUUCCCAUAACGCCCUUGGGUUUUAUCUUUCAUGGAUCAGGUUUUGUCGGUGUCGACGUUUUUACAAUUAUGCGUGUCAUAACAUGUUUAAAGUACUACUUCUUUUGAAUUAGCCAAAUUAGACAGUUUUGGUGUAAAUUCGAAUCGCGCGCUGUAAAUGUGUAUUCUGUACUAAAUAAAAAAACCAACAUUGAUUGAGUUUAAUUUUGAUUUUCAGAGGUGAAUGAAAUGAAAAAACAAAUGGAAGAGCAGGUAUGAGAACCUCUUUCAGGUGUUUGUUAAAGGAGAAUUAGGAUGCUCAUAAUUUUAUUGUCAUAAAUUCUGAACAUGUAGCUACCGCUUCUUGAUCUCUUUAAUAAAAUAGAGAUGACGAAAGAAUCUGAUAAUAAUUAUUAAUAAGCAAACAAAUGGACUAACUUACUUUCAAGUUAAGUUUAACGAUCAAGUAGAACAUAAUAGUGACACCAAUGUUGAGCCUUCAGCUUCAGAUAACGAUACAAUGCACCCCUAAAUAUAGGGCAUCUCGUAUUAAAAGAGGGUAAGUUUCUAAAGAAAAUCUGGUGGUGCGUCGGUGGGAGAGUAUAACAGGGUAUUUUAGUCUUAUCAACUGAGUUGAUUACGUAAAUUGGCCACCGUAAAGAAUUUAAAAACUGACGUUUCGAGCGUUAGCCCCUUCGUCGCUCUGACCCCACCCCCUCCACCCCCGGGUGAUGAAUAGUGACUGACCCACAAAAUAAUAACUAGUACACCGUACCUUUGAGUGAGAAUUAUUUUGUUUACGUAAAUGUUGCAGCUCUUACAAAAUCAGCGGGAGAUGGAGGAGAUGAAAAAGUCUUGGCAAGAAAGAUUGGCUGAGCAGGAAUCAGCAAAUAAGGUGAGGCUAAAACGCUUCCCCUGGCUUCCUUCCCCUUGUGCGAUGAGAUGCCUUGAUGCCCUUUGUGUACUGUACAUCCAUUUAAGUCCUUGUGUUUCAGCCAAAAAGUCUGAAAUGCCUGGCGUGAAGUUCGCUUUGAGUGAUACGUACAACUCUUUACGCCUGCUUCGCAGUCUUAACUGCCUGGCAUGAAGUUCGCUUUGAGUGACACGUGCAGCUCUUUACGCCUGCUUCGCAGGCCAUACGUUUGAUUUUUGAUUUGAUUGUGGGCUCAAAAUACUGUACAUUUUAUGGCAUUCUUCAAGAAAGUGCACUGAUGAUUUGUUCAUUAAACGUGUUAUAACUGUAUCUCUAAAAUGAGCUAUGUUUAAUUAGUGUGCAAUUAGUGCCACAAUUAUUUUUGCUGCUUGUUUGAUCUUAGAAAAAAACACUCCUUGAUGAUUUUAGGUCUCUAAGUCUUUUUUACUCGUUAUUCAUCUUAAAGGAAACCGUAUUGGGUGGAUAUUCUUUAACAGGCUUUGGGUUUAUUUCGUUGUUGUGGGACUUUCUUUUCACCAGGCUAACGGUACCUAAGUGGUGUUACAUUAUUUUUUAGGCCAAAGAGGAAAAAGAAAAGAAAGAAAAAGAGCUUCGUAAAACCACUCCGCACCUUUGGAAUCUUAAUGAGGACUCGCAACUUUCAGGAAAAAUUUUCCAUUUUAUCAAACCAGGUAAGUUUCUUUGCGAGUUAGCCAACAUUUAAUCUCAUAUCUUAAAGAAAAGUAAGCUCACUUUGUGUCUUGCGCAAAAUUACAAAGUACACUUUUUCAACAGUAACUGCCAUUGCUCGAUUAUUGGUUUCUUUUCAUUUUUUAACAUUUUGACCCCUAAGAGUGACUAACGUCCAAUUUCCCCUUACAAUGUCACCCCUGAAGUACACAUGAAGGUCACAAGAACAAAGGAAAUGAUCACCAACUAGAGAAGCUCUUGUUAGUGAUGUAAACUCUCCUCGUGAGCAACGUAGGAAAUGAAUCGAGGACAGUAAGGAGAAUAUGCGUACUGAUGCGGUGUAAAUCCUGCUUUGUUGGCUCUAUAUGAAGAUAUUGCCCAAAUCUAAUGAAACCCGUGGCCAACAUUGGCUUAUGGUUCGUUUUAUUUUUCAUCGCAGGCGAGCAGAAAAUUGGAAACAAAAGAGCUGAUCCCCAACCGGAUAUUUUAUUAAGCGGUUUGAGGUAAGACGCAGAAAAUAACAAAGAUCGCGCGCUUUCUGUUAGUUGUCGUGACGUGAGGCUCGUUUAUGACAAGUAGAUGACACGGAAUUGUCACCAAGAAGUCCAAAAGGAGUUAACUCCGCGCAAAUUUUUUUCUUUCCUACUUAUUCCUCGAUUUUAACGAGCGGCUUCGUUUUCUGGCUGGUGAUCCACUUAGGAUAUAUCUACAGACUCAAAGGUAGAAUCCUGCUUAUGAGGUCACGAGGAAAUAUCAUACACGCUGAAUGUUUUCUUUGUAGUUGAAUAAAAUAGUCACACAUGUUUAUUUUCAAAAUCAAUUCCGAUGUCGAUGUUGGUCCCUUUUAAAGCUUUAGUAUCGAUUUCACUUGUAGGAAAGUAGACAAAAUAUGACGAACGUGUCAGUGAAGAGUGAAAAGUGAAAAUGUUGUAAGUUGGUGCGAAGGAAAUGACAUAUUGCAUACACUUAAUUCAACAUUUCCCUCCAGACUCUUCUGCUCUUAGCGAGAAUCAGAAUGUUAAGGUUGUUUGUUGAUAAUAUCGAAAGUGAGCCUUAGUCGUCUCCGCAGCUAUUGCUAAGAAACAGCUUUCCUCUUUGUUUGUCCAUAGCAUUCUUAAAGAGCACGCCAAAUUGACAUAUAAAGGAAACACAAUAACAAUACUGGCCAAUCCCGAUGCUAAACUGAUGGUUAAUGGUAAACCAACGCACGACGAGAUAGAACUUCACCACAAUGACAGGUAGAGCUAUGGUUGAACUGUUCCGCACAUGUCGCGCUAUUCUAAAGAAUUUAUUUUUCACUUUUGAACCACGGUGGAAUGCCAUAUCUCGCGAAGAAUUCGUAUCUUCAAUCUUGUUCUUUCUCAAGAUAUUUUCAGUCUUAUUUUGAUUUCUAUUCAGUGUCAACGUGUUUGUUUAUUCGUCUGCUGGUUUUUCAUUUGUCUGUCCCUCCUUCUCGACUUGCCCUUUUUCCGUCACAAGCCGUGCAGUCAGUUAGCAAUUCAUACUUGUAGGUCACAUUUUGGGUCUGUUUCCGUGUUUUCUUUGUUUGUUUGUAUUGUCGUUGUCAGUCAGUCAAUCAGACACACAGUCCAUAAAUUCAUUCGUCAAAUUGUUAAGCCCUCUGUCUGUUUGUCUAUUUUUUUGUUUGUUUUCGCAAUAUUGUUGGUUUGCUUGCUUGCUAUUCACUUGGUUUGUAAAAUUUUAGUGACCUUGUAUAAAUAAACUGAUAUUAAAUCGACGAAUGUUCAACAGCAAUUUAAAAAAUUUAAGCACAAUCGUGGUGAAAAUAGAAUUAACUUGACAGAAUGCCCUUAUUAUAACAAAAAUUAUAUUCUGGACGACUCGGGACUAGCUUAGCUGUGAAAUUCAAGGUGUUCUAGAGGUUUAUGUUCUCUUUUAGAGUGAUGUUUGGCUCUGCAAGUUUGUUCGUACUGCAUCACCCAGUUGAAUUUGACAAGAAAAAGAACGCGGGAGACACGAUAGAAGAAGUAACUUACGAUUUGGCACAGGAAGAAAUAGCCGCGAAUUCUGGAUUUAAUAUGGGGAAGAACAGUGGCCAGACCAAGAGUAUGUCGUCAAUUUAGUCACUUAUGCUUGGUUUCCCUUUAGAGAAAUUUAAAUUGAGGAUUGCUUUAAUUGUGCUUAACUUUGCUCUGUGAUCGGUCCAGAAAACUCAUGCCAUCCUCUCAAUCAAUCAAAUGCAAAAUAAAAAACAAUUACGACUGAUCUCCCGCGUUUUCCCGCGCUUUAGGCAGUUUGCUUGUGUUCAAUUAGACAUCUCCUUUUCCAAUUAAAAUGUAAACCUUUCCCUUGAUUAGUUGUUGGAAUUACUUUGGAUUUACUUUUGUAACACUAAUGGAAAACGGCUCUAAUUGCCAGGAUCGUCUCAAUCUCCCAGAUCUUCUCAAAAAAUAAAUUUAAAAACAACUGCAACCAUUAAAGAAUAUGCAAACACUUCAUAGGCAAGUCACUCUCUAAAGACCUGGGUGAUUGGAACGGUUACGGCCAGCGAGAUAGAUCUCUGUUUCCUCCCUCUCUUUCUCCUUCUCUUUCUUUUUGAGAUGGAGGAUGAUCUCAUUACAUUCCUUUCAAGAUUUGAAGUAGCUGCCAUUAUAGUCUAGUCGUCUCUAAAAAUCAGGAAUUAUUUGAUAACUUUCGCGCUUAAGAGCUUAUUCACAGACGUAUGAUCAAGUGUGGAGUUCUAAGAUCCCAAAAGGGAACUCGAAAAGAUCAAGCUAAAUAUUUCAAGACACCGUGAGUAGCUGCUUGAAGGUUUUCUUGAAAUCUGAACAAUGUCAGCAAAAAAGCCUUUCUUUAAUAUCGUUUUGAGACAGAAAGAUUAUGUUUGUUUCUUCGAAAUCGUAGUCUAAUAUGAGCUGAUGGUUUUUGCAGAUGAACUGCUGUUGCAGGAAGACCUGGUACAGAUGGUUCCUAUGGUUAACGAGUCCAAUGCAAUGGCAGAAGAACUGAAGAAACCGGUAAUAUUUAUUAUUAAAAUUGUUGAAUAAAUAAUCGCGUAAGUAACAAAAAAAUUGCACGUGUUAUUUCUCAGUCGUCUGAUCAUCUCAAUCUUGCUGGUAACAAGAAUUCGUGGAAAAGAAAAGAUGACUGGAAGAGAGGUCCCACAAAUUUCCCGUCGUCAGAGCCGUUUUAAAGAAGAUGAACAUGUUUCCUAGAUGACGAAUAUGUAACAUUGCAACAAGGCAAAUUGUAACUCACAAAAAGUACGCUCAAAAUAAUUGACUUGAAUCAAACUCAUGACUUAAGAAUACCUUGUGUUUUUCAAGUCUUUGAUGGAUAUAAAGAAUAGCCAGCCCUCUUGCAAGUCCUCUUGAUUCUUAGUUAAACAAAAAUGUAAAUGCAGGAUACGAACAAAGAUUGGUUGUUGUUGUUAGUGACUUGUGUACUGAUGUGGCAUCCCAAACACCAUACGUGCUUCAGAAGGCAAUCUUCAUUAUCUUAAAGUACUUUUAAUCAUCAUUUCUUGCAGGUUAGGUUUGAAAUUCUCUUAGUUUCACCCCAAGCACGUGGUCUCAAGGAAGGAAGAACAGAGGUAAGGCACCAGUCACUAUUUAUUUUUUUAUCGCUGGGGAGUGGGGGCUUUGUAAUAUUCUUAUUACUCCUCCCCCCCUUUAUCUGCAGUUGAUUGACAGUCAAUUUCCUUCAAUCCCUCCUUUGUCCUCUGUUGGUGAUGUCAGUUGCCCGCACCUUUACUUGAAAGGCAACGAAGACUAUAAUCGUUGGGAAAAAAUAAUCCUUUUGGCAAAAAAAAAAAAAAAAAAAAAAGAAAGAAACAGCCAUGGUUCAAGUUGCUGUUAUUAUCAAAAUUUCAGGUCAUACACUUUCAAUCAUUGUGGCUUUGAGGAUUUUCCCAGCAUUUAACCCUUUCGCUCCCAGAUCUCAUAAGUAAUUCUCCUUAUUGUCUACUGAAUCUAGUGAAUUUUGUAUUGGAUCAUCUAAAAAUUGCCCAAAAGAUAUUUCUCUUUAUUAUCACUUGUCUUCUUGACAUCGUAUUGAAUUUGUAAGGAGAAACUCUGUCUUGGUCACCCUCCGGAAUUAAAGGGUUGAGGGCAUACCAUACAUCUCGAAGUAAGAUCUACCUUAACAAUAUUUUUUAAGAUUUCUAGACAUAGGAUGCGUUAACCAAACAUGUUUUCUUUGUUUGAUUCUUCACUUCACUUCCCUUUACUUUUUUCGUAGUAUUGUUUUAUUAAAAGAAAUAAGCAAAACAAUAGGAAAUCUCCAAACGAAGAGAAAACAAACUAGAAAAGCAAAAUAGAAACAAUUUUUUAAUUUGGAGAGUCAGUCUUUAGAACUUCAAAGUUUACUAACACUUUUUUUCGUCAUAACUUAACUGGACCUUGAUGUCGCCCUUUCGCAGGUCAAAGUGAAAAUGAAAAGCACAGUAGAUGAUGCGGAAUGGAUUUGGGACAGAAACAAGUUCGUCAACAGAACGUACCUAAUGAAAGAAAUGUUCCAGAAUUAUUACGAUGGAGAAGAAGACUGGGAUUUGCCGGAGGUCUUUGCGUCUUCAAUUGUUUCUUCUCCUCUACUCGAGAACUAAAAGAAAGUUUAUUGAGUGACUACAACAACAAAAACAUUUUUUUCAUCAUUCAAAUGAAUUUAUGAAAUGAAUGAAACACCAACAAAAUCUAGGCAAUGAGUAUAGAGUAAGUGGUAGGUCGAAUGGCAGUUAAGAAAUAGAAAGAAACGCCAUUACACAGUAUAUAUAAGAACAUUUUAUGGCUAGUUUGAUAUCCUUUCGACGCUUACAACUCGACUGGGAGCGUAAUGACUCGGUUUUAAUUCUAUACGUUAGUACCAUCGAAAAAUUCGUCUUUAAGUGUUUUUCAUAGUUUAUAACACCUCUUUAUCGACUUUAGGGCCCAGUUGUUCGAGGAUCGAUCAGCGGUAGCGCAAGGUUAAAUUUUAAUACUGGUUUCUUUCUUCCCUUGGUUCAAAAGCCCUUUCGGGAUAAUUUCCUCAAUUCUUUUAAGAGCAUCUAAUCAUUUAAUUGUCGGCAGAAAGAAUUAUACUGAAUUUUCUUUUAAGGCUUCCAGAUCUGAAAUCAGAUUUCACACUAACCCUGGGUUAACUUGACUUUGAACAACCCAGGCCUGUUGUGUUCAGUAAGUUUUUGUCUUUAAUGAACCAUUGACGUACAAAACUGUUACUUAUAUAUAUUUUAACAUUAUUGUAUGAAGGAAAGUGAUCCAUUUUGGGAGCCUGAUGAUGCAGAGGUGUUUAUUGGCUCAGUCCAGGUGUAUCUUCAAAGUUUAGCCUAUCUGGUGAGAUUUUAUAAUUGACCAUGUCGUAAUAAGCAGUAAAUAGAAAGACAGACAUGAUAGCUUUACCGAAGGGCAGAUGAACGUACGGACAGACCAGUACACGGAUAAACUGACCCGACCAGAGGACCAUACUGAGGAAUAUUGGCUCGAGGUCGUGGCAGUCGGAACCGAGCGCUACAAGGUUCGAACCAGAACGACCGAGGGCUAAUGUUUCCCAGUAUGGUUCAAGCAACGAGGUUAGUAAGCAGUUUAUUAUAUGGUGCUCGAACUAAUUUUUUUUUUUAUUUGAAUUUGCCGGCUUUCGCGAACAAAAAGUAUAUUUACAUUUGGGGAAACUAAGCUGUAAGAGACAGUGACAGAGAAUGUAAGUAAUUUCCUGUUAGCAUGAACACGCUCGCACUCUUAUUGCGCCAGUGUUGCAGUUCAAGCCGCACAUCCAUACAUUUGUCAUUUCUUAGUUGUGGAUAGAAUUAAAGAAUAUACGGCGUAUGACCGUUUCCGUGGAAACGGUCCAUAUGGCAAAAUCCCGUCCAAGUAAGACCCAAUCAGAACGCUCGGUUUUACUCAAGGCUACUUAGCCAUAUGAUAAGUACAUGCAUACAUAGAGGUACAGAAAAAAACGAUUUCAUAAAAAGUUUCCCUAAGAUAUAACGAAUUAUUUUACAACGCAGAUUGAAGUGGAAGAGAGCCUUACGAUAACAGACCCCAAAGGCAACGAAAAGGGGCAGCUUCAGGUUUGUAAUGAACUUAGAUCACUUUCAAUAUUUUCCUUUGGUUGUUUUCAUAUUGUAGUGUUAAUGAAUUUCAAAGAAUGGUACUGAAACCAUAUGACGUCCUUCCGAAAUACAAACAAAAGAAACGAAAGGGAAAUAUCGAAACAUACAGACACGCAGAAGCGGAGAAAUUAUCUGAAAUAGAAUAGAAAAAAUGUAGAAUGUAGUAAUAAUAAUUAAAAUAAUAAUAAUAAUAAUUUAGCAGUGAGUAUUCCAUGAGGGGUCUCUCUUGUCCACUGUUUCCAGGUCGAAUUUAAAGUUGGAAAUGUUGGUUUUUGCGAAUGGAGGAAAACCGGAGAAAAAUCCUUGGAGCCAACCCGAGAACCAACAACAAACUCGACCCUCAUGUGAUGCCACGUCCGGGCAUCGAACUUAGGCCACAGUGGUGGGAGACAAGUGCGCUUGCCACAGCGCCAUCCCCGCUACUCUUAUCUUAAGAAAAAUAAUGUUCAUCGGUUGCAAAGAUCUAUGCAACCUAAGCAAACGAUAUGAAUUAUCGAGUUCAUGUCCCCUCGGGAAAAAAGUUCGCUCUCAGAAACAUUGACGCUGAAACAAAACUCCUCCACUUACACUGAAGAAAUUCUUGUUUUGGCGGCAGGUUGAAGCGUAUCCUUGUGAUGGGAACUUCUCAGAAGAUUUAGACGAUUUUGUGGAGGAUCCCAAGGAGCUGGUAUAUUUUCAAUUUCUUUAUACCUUCUUUAUUGUCUCUUCUUUUUUUUUUUUUCCCUUUUAUAUUUGUUUUCUUUCUUUUCUUUCGCAUUUUGUUAAUGUUUCUGUUCUAUUUUUGCCAGUGUAGUUUUUGUGGCUACUGCCUCCUAUAGGAGUUUCACGGUGCUACUUGAUGUUUGUUUCAAAAAUGCUCAAGAAGACAGUAAACAUCUUACAAUCAUUUCAGGAUUAUGUUCAGUAGAUCCAAAGAUAUCCUUUUCAGUUCUUGCCUUGACACUACAAAAAAAGAUAAACAUCUCAAAUAAUUUCACAGUGGCUUCUCCGACAACUAAUUUAAAACAACACCUCGUUGCAGAGAUAUCGAAAUAGGUAUGACCCACACAUCGUGGAAACUUUGAAGAAAAAUUUUAUUUAUUUGAAGUGAGUAUUUUACCAUUUCAAUCAGCGACUACUGCCCCCAAUUUACAAAACGAGGAAGGUCCGAAGCACUAUACCUUGAGUUUAACCGGGUGACCUUAUUUGACGGAAUGAUUGAAUGGUGAAUUGGCGGAAUUGCUGAAUAUCCUACAACGCGGAAUGCCUUGUUGUAUGAAAUGAAAGUCUCACAAAAAUGGAAUUGCUACGUAAAAAAUAGUAACUUAUCAUUAAAGGCAAAAGUUAAAAAAGCAUAGUUUAAUCAUUAUUGGAGCCUAGAGGAUAGACUGGUAGAGGAACAGUGAGGUUCUUGAGUUAGCUCGUGACUUAGUAUGACAAUUUUUUUUAUAUUAAUUUACAGAUCUUUUCUUUUUUUUUCCCUUUAGAUUGGAAGAGGUCUCUACUUCAAACUAAAAAUUCCGCACGCAAGGGGCUUGCCAGCUAUAUUUGGGAAGGUAAAGAUGCUCCUAUUCGUAACAUGAUGAGGGGAAUUAAUGAGAUUUCAAUCACGCCAUGACACUACCCACUGUCCAUUUGCUGAAUAUUCCAUGUGGCGUCCUCUUUUGCUUAAAAAAAAAAAACAAACAAACAUAAAUAAUUCAUUGGUAAAUAUUAUUUGAUCCGCAGGGAGAAACAUGGUGUAAAUACAAACUUUAUCUUGAUAAAGAGCACAGCCGCACAAAGACUGUCUCUGGAACAAUGAAUCCUUCUUACAGCCACGAGAGGAAAUUUACCUUUAAUCCUGUCACAAAACAGGUAUGUUGUGCCGUUUUGUGCUUCUUUAUAAGCUUUUCUCGUUAUUAAUAUAUUUUUUUGUUUUUUGCCUUUCCCAGCCCAGUAUAAAGAGAACACUUUCAAAAUUCAAUUUGUCGUUUUUUUGUCUCGGGACAGUUUCAAAAGAAGCUGACGAGCUGAGAGGGUCUCAAUGAGAUGACCGUUUGCCGUUUGAUGGCUUAAAUUUUAACUGUUAGCCGUAAAAGCCAUCACUCCAUACAGACCCUCAGAUUAGAUCACGUUCACCCAUUUUGCCGCUGGUUUUAAGCAGUGACACCGUGGUUUGGCAAACCACAAUUAAUCCCAGGCCCGGACUUUCCGAGCGAUUUUCCGUGGAAGAAAAUCUCACUCCCUUGUAUUAUCACUUGUAGUUCGUGGACUAUCUGCUGAACACUCCUCUCAUGGUUGAGGUUUGGGGAAAGCAGAGUGGAAGAAAGAUCAGCACUGUCCCAAACAGGAAAGUGUCAGUAGGACAGAAAAAUAGCGGAGUACAGAACGGCGAGGUUAUGGUGAGAAUACUGCAGAGAUCUCCAGUAUUUUUUUCUCUUUUCUUUUUGGUUCUUUCGUUAUUCUUUCCUUCGUUCAUUUGUUACUUUCAAACCAUUCAUUCCGUUCCAUUCUGUCAGGCAUCAAGUUAAUGUCAAGUUGAAUCGCAAUUUAUGGCAUCCUUAAUCAUGCGCACGCAAAAAAAGGAAGGAAAAAAACGAAAAAGGGACCACAAUGAUUAGCUACUCAAACUCCGAAUGUCCUUUUUUUAUUAAAUUUUUAAUACGAAUAUUGCAUUUCUAGUGUUCUGAUUGGUUCACUCAACUCUGGCUAUCAGCUCAAAUUUCGAGCCAUCUUAUAUGGAAAUGCAUUGCGGAGCUAAAAAAGCUCCAAAAAUCCAAACGUUUAGGAUUUAAUAAAAUUUGAUAAAACAAGUAUUCACCUCCGAGCAACUCGUGCGAGAUUUAAGCCCGAAAAUACUGUAAUCGUGGCAGGCAUUAAUGAGUUAAAAUCAUCUUUUUGUGCUAUGUUAUCUCACUGUUUAGGUAUACAUGCUACCUCCACUUCAACGAACAGUUGUUAACUAUCUACUCUUUUCAUUCAUUCCAUUUAUCCACUCAUCCAUUUACUUAUUCAUCUUUUUUUUCUUUCUGUGUGUUUCUUUCAUUCAUUCAAUUGUGGUCUAUCAAUUUUAGUCACUGGAAUUUUGAUGGUUUCUAUUCUUGCUUACAUUUUUCAGCCGAAGGAAGAAGCCCAGAAUAUGAAACUAGAGUUGCAUAAGUCGAUGAAAAGAAACGAAAGAUCUGAAAAGAAAAUCGUAAGUAACCAAAACAGUUGUUCUUGGAUGUGUAUAUUUAUGUCUGGCCCAUGAAACAAAGGGCGAUCAUUAUGUACAUGAGUUGUUUUCACGCCUGGACCCCAAAGAGUGACAAGCAUGUAAUUUCUCCUUACAAUGUUACCCCUAAAUCAUACUUUGAGGUUACGAGAAUAAAGGGAAUGGUCACCAGUUAAAGAAGUUAAAUGUUAAUUGUUUUGGUUUGACAAAGCAAACCGACGGUGGGCCAUUUCUUUAAUUUGGCGCUUCCCGCUAUGUUUCCAUAACAAUUUCCGUGUUGCCACUAUAACCUCCAUUGCACUCUCUAACCUAUUUAUGCAUUCGACACUGGCCAAUCCGAAACGCCAUAUUUUGUUGAGUAUCUAAUAAAGAAAGUUACUGCAUUUGAUUGCGAUCUACGUAGUCCUGUGAAGUAUCACAGUGCCCUUAGAGUUGGAUUUGAGUUCGUUAUUUAGUACUGAGUAUGCAAAAAAGAACCUGGCGAAAUCUUAAAUUGAAGCGUUCGAUGUUUUUGUACUAUCCGCUCUGAUAGUAUGGUAUGUUUUUACAUUAUAAUCAGUUUUCUAUGAGUUUCCCUAUUUAGAGAUCGCAAUACAUUUGUGACAAUAAAAGAUUCAUUUCAGUUCGCAGAUUAUGAAAGAAAAGCGACGAAAAGUGGUUGUUUCAGUAUGCGAAUAAAAAUCUUAAGUGUCUUUACUUAUAUUUGUUUUGAUUUGUUUGUUAAUUAUCGACCAGCCACCUUUAAUUUUUUUUCCAUUUUCUCUUACCACAGAAAAAGAUGCGCGAAUUAAUAGAGGAUGCUAAGAAGAAAGGUGUCUCUACACUCGAGGUAUGAAUUUAACACCGGGUUCGAUUCAUGUUUGAUCGGGAAUAUUCCACAAACUAAAUUAGAAGUUGCAUAAGGCUGCUUCAUAAUUUUGUUUCCUUCGGCAUCAUAUCGUGACCAUUAUGUUUGCUGACAUCAGCAGUGAAGUACUGCCUACUAAGAUACUUACGUGGCGAACUCAAUUUGCAACAAAGAAUACAAAUCAACCCAUUCGCAUAGGACGUCAAAAUUCUUUUUUAGACGGUUUUGAGCGGUAGCCUCUAAACUUCCCAUUCACAAACUAAUAGCCUUCGUUGGCAAACGCAAGGCUUCGUGGGAAACAAUAAGUAGUCACAUGGAUGAUUUCGACAUAUGUAAGUCUAUCAUUUUCGUACUCGUUGCGAUACCCUUGCCAAAAUGGGUUAGAAGUUUUCCUAAAAGCAAUUAGUCACAAAGAUUUGUAAUUUUGUCCCCGCCUCUCUUCGUACCCUUAUUUGAGUGGGCAAAAGUUCAUCCAUUACAUGAAUGAGAUUUGUUUAUUUUGACGCCAGGUCGCUGUGCUUGAGGAGAUUUUGAACGGUGGCGAGGGUAACAAGUUUAAAGCAACCGCCGACAUCGUUCUAAAAGCGCAGAAAUCAAUGGACAGUGAUGGAAAGAUCACAAGUUCGACUUGUUCGAUCCAGUGAAAAAUUAAGUGAGAUCAAAAUUUAUUAGCAACUAUUUAUGACCGUGUUUGUAGACUCUAGUGCACUUGCAGUUUUGAUUUUUUUUCUUUCGUACGUUUUUAAAUACAAUUUUGUUAAACAAUCCACCAUAGUGGAAACGAAAAGUGCAUUCAGCACUCUCCAGUUUACUAGCAUUACUGUAUUACUGUAUAGCAGGUAAUCAGUAUCAUAUUUACAGCUAGUGAUGGACUUACUGUGAUGUAAUGCUUUAGCCUUUUUUAAUAGUUAAAACGAACUUAUCAGUCAAGACGUGGAAAUAAGCCAAAAAGGAGCGUGAAUGUUUAAGAAUUGAACAUGCAUGCGCCUUUUUCCUAUUCUUCGUUUGUAUAUAGAAUUGUCGUUUCCAUUUUCAUUCGUCAUUUACCCAUUUUCGUCUCAUUAUUUGUCAUUAUUGUCUGCAGUUCAGCAUUCAGUAUCUUUUGUAGAAUUUCGACUUAAAUUUAUUCACUAUUUUAAAGUAUUUGACAUUUUUUUUUCUUUAAAAAGAAAGCUACGCUAAGUUAAAAAGCUAAAGAUAGUGAUAUGUAAUCGCCACAUAGUUUGUGUCUAGUGCUCAGUCCAUUACGUGCAGGUUCGUGUAGUGUACUGCUGUUUAUGAUAGCACUUGGAUCAAGGCAAUUCAUCAAAACAGUUUCAGAAGUAAACUACGAAAUCCACUCGACGAAUAUAGCUAAAUAUGAAGUGUGCCAAAGCCAAAUUAUACUCUCAGAUAUUCGUAAAAUCAUUUUUUCUUUCCUUGUUAAUUCUCAGCUGUGUUCCCCUUAUAUCUUUCCUUCCACUAGAUUGCAGAGAGCAUUACCACACCGCACACACCACAGAGUGAAAAUUAAAUGCUUCCCCCUUCUCCUUGUUGCAUGUUAAUUCUGUUUCUACAAAUUGUAAAUUUGCAAAAGUAAAGGAGAUGUGCAAUUUGUGGUGUCCCAAAACUCUCUCGUAAAUGCACGCCAUACAAGUACGUAUAAGCAUAUGAUUAUGGUAUAUACUUGAUGCGAGGUUCGCGUUGAAGGUUUGUCAUCGAAAUAAAGUAUUGAUGACAAAUUCGCAAUUGCAGUGUUUUGCGGAGGUUGUUGCCCUGAGAGAUUUUCUGACCCAACCCUCUUAAACCCAAGAUCUGAUUGUAAAUUCUCCCCUCUGGCCGUUACACAUUUCCUUAUAUUUUAGUUACGAGAAUUUGAUGCCAGAGUAAGUUUGAUUCUCAUUAACUGAUGGCUGAAUAAUCUGAGGAUAUUAUGGGGGUUAAAAUCACUUAUUAAUCACUUCUGGGAGUUCAUGAGUUAAAUUUUUAGUGAAAGAAACAAAUAGAUGUUUUUAAAGAAGGCAAUCAUUGGAUAAAACAAC